UCUCGGUUCUCGUUCGAGUCAUCACCGCGACAAAACUAAAAAAAAAAAAACGUCUUGUGCCCGUUUUAAGCUCAAUUGUCUCCAAAAAUAAAUAAAUAUCAUAAAUUUAAUCGUAUAACAUUAAUUAAUUUUUAAAAUGGAGCAAAGCCACAAGAAUAAUGACUGCUACUUUUUUUACUACUCCACGUGCACAAAAGGUGAUAGCUGUCAAUUUAGACAUGAGCCAUCAGCACUUGGAUGUGAAGUUAUGUGUUCAUAUUGGCAGCAAGGAAAUUGUCUUAACGAGCAUUGUAACUUUCGACACAUGGAAUUAAAGAAAAAUCGUAAAUCAAUACCAUGUUACUGGGAAACUCAACGUGGAGGAUGCAAGAAACCACACUGUCCAUUUCUUCACUCACUAGAGCGUCCAGUUCCCAGUGAAAUGACAAUUAAUCCGACUAAAAAUACAGAAUUACCAAAACCAGUUACUCAAGAAUGGUCUAAUCGUCCAGAUGACGUUAAAUUCAAUGAAAACAGUGGAGAGACUGAUGUAGCAGGUCGCGGAAGCAGCGAAGCCAGCAGUUUUAUCGGUAGUCCAGCAGUAGAUCCUCUUAUCGUAAACUUCGACGAAGAGUCUGACAGUGAAGGAGUCACCUCGUCACCCAACAAGACUACAGCGCCAUCUUCAGGCUCACGAGCACUUUCUAGACUAGGAGCCGCGACAGCAAAAACUUACGAGGAAAUUCGUCUAGAAGAAAUUCAAGCCGAGAGUGCUGCCUACUGGUCCUACGAUCCGACAAACUAUCAGAGUCAAGCUGUCGGUAAGAUAAAAAAUUCACGUACCAGACCUGGGGCUCUGCCUUAUCGACGCAGUCCCAAAGAUGGCGACAACGACAAUCUGGACUUCGAGAUUCUGACGUUAGAUGAAAUAAAACGUCGUAAAAAAUUGCUACAGUCAGAUACUCUAGAUACUUCAGAUAAUUUCAAUCUAGUUAAUUUGAAAAAAGAUAAUAAAGUCACCCAGAAUCAAGACAACGAAAUUUCUGGCUCGAAAACUGACGUAGAUAAUUUGGUAGAUAAUCUAGAUAAUGUUCAAAAAUUAUCUAAAGAUAUUACAGAAGCUAAAAAAGAUGCUAUGACUGUAGAUAAUUUAUGUAGUGAUAGUGUAGAUAAUUUAGAUACUUCAGAUAAAUUUGAAAAUACUCUAGAUAGUUUAGAUAAAAUUAAAGAUAACGGGGAUGUAGAUAACACGAAAAAGAGAAAACGAGAUGAUGAUCUAAAGAUAAAACCAGUUAAAUUACGAAGAUCUCAGAAGAUUAGGAAAUUAUUUGAAGAUAAAGAUAACGUGGAGGCUGAAGAUAACAGUAGAGAUAUUGCUGUGAGAUUAUGUGAUAGCAGUACUGAAGAUAUUCCGAUGAGUCUGGAAUUGAAAAAUGUUUCAGAUAAUCGUGAUGGUACGAGAUUAUCUGGGGAAGAUGAUUUGACGUUAGAUAAGUAUCUAGAUGAAGAAGAAGAGCUCGUCGAGGCUUCCGAAGAUAUUCUUGAGGAUAUUGAUAAACUGCUGACUGAGAAAAAUACAUGAGAUGAAAAAUUAUCUUUAGAUGAAAAAUUACCUAGAGAUAAAAAAUUAUCUGUAGUCGUAAAAACCACAAUUAUGCCUGUCAGACUCUAGAAAUUCGUUUUUUCAAUAAAAGAUAAUUUUUUUUUGUAGAUAAUUUUUUAUCUAAUGUCCAAAAUUGCGAGGAAAGUCAAAAAUUUUUGAGCUAUGCUUGUUAUUAUCUUUAUUAGUAUUGUCUUUUUGUAUGUCUUGUGGUUUAUCUUAAUUAUUAUUCGUUCAACGUGUCGUUACGCAAACAAUCGUGGUAAUAUGUUUGGAUAUUCAAAUAAAUCGAUGACGCGAGAUCCAAGAAUAAGAAUUGGCGAUUAACAAAUUUAUGUCAGCCUGCAGUGUCUUGCAUUUAUUAAUAAUAUUAUUUUUAUGUUCACUUUUGAUUGUAGAAAGUGAAAAUCAUAUAUAUUAUAUAUAAAAAAAAAAUUAUGAUUGAUAAAAUUUUUAAUUUUAUUUAACAUGUAUUAUAAAUAACAACACAUUAUGCAUUU